UCUGUGUUCAGCGAUGACGAAGAAUUGGGGCUCACGGAACCGGCUGCGGAGGUGUCAGCUUCGGCCUCGGAUCUCCAUUUCAGUCCCUCACUGCUCGAAACCGUGCGAGGGUUGUCAGAGCUUGCCCACUGCAGCGUGCCCAAGGACGUUCUGGCGGACAUGAAGUUCAAUGGAUGGACGGAACCGACGCAUGUGACACCCUACCCGUACAUGUACCAGCCGUACGACGCGCGGCCGGACGACUGGAUCAAAGAAGACUACCCAAACAUCUAUGAAGGAGAGCACGGACCUACAGCCGAUGCCAUUGCUGCGGCGCUGACACCGUCGGGAGCUUUCUUUCGCUUUGUACAGCCGCACUUGUGGGAAGCUAUUGCUGGAGCAAGUGAUGACUACUUCAAGGACAACCUGGACCUGCGAGCAGCUGCCCAGCACGCCAAACAGCAGAAACGAAAGGAGAAGCACCCUGAUUUUCAAGUUCAAACGCCGCAACAAAUAAAGGAGUUUCUGCAAACUACAAAAGAUAUCUCGGGCAGAGAAUUGUGUGUCUUUAUUGGUUUGCUGAUCGCCAGCACCAUCGCGCCGAAGAAGGAGAAGUUCGAGCACCACUGGAGAACUACGGAUGAAGGGGCCAUCCCACGUGGCUGCUUCAAUCCCUACAUGACGCGCGACCGCUUCUCCCAUCUAUCCCGAAACCUCCACUUCAGCAGCAAUGCCGACCCCCAAGCCACGAAGGACCGUGCGUGCAAGCUCCGUCCAGUGAUCAAUGUUCUACAAGAAACUUUCCGAGCCAACUUCAUCCCACCCGCAGUUAUGGCCUUCGAUGAAGCCAUGUUA